AUGUCCAUUGCCAACGAUGCUGUCAUUGCUCCAGUAAACAAGGCUCCUGUCAAGACACUUGCCGACCGACUACUGUCCAGAAAGCGCAAGCGAGACGGUGACGCUCCGCCGACAAAGGCGCCUGCUCGUCCACCUCAACCCACUAUUGCUUUGCCCAAGUCACUGUCCGACACCCGUCCAACCCCACCGACCGGCCUCGCUGCUCUUUCAUCUCUACCGCAGUCGUUCGUCGUCAGGGUGCGUCUUCCUCUUGCCGCANNACAGCCAAAGACCUCGCUGAACCGCUCGCAGUCUGUCGACAAUGACAAGCCGCUAUCCUUUCGCAUCCUUCGCCCUCUCCCUCGCGCUGCUCUACCCUUGAGCUACAUUGACAACUCGGACGCUCCCACCCGCCUCUUCUCCGCUCAUCUUCCCCAACUUGAUCAUGACGCCCGAUCCCCUCAUCUCGUCCUUGUCGCUCGCCUCGAUUCCGAGCCCGAUCAACCCUUGUUCGCUGCCGAAAGAGUCGGACACAAGAGAUAUGCACUGUGCAAGUUGGCUAGCUGGCUGAGUCUUAUCCACCUCGACGCUCUCGUCCCGCCUGUCUCCGUCGCAACCGAGUCCCUGUCUCAGACCUCUGUCGUCACUCCUCACGCUUUGUGGUGGCAGCAGUCUGCCACCGAUGCGCCAACAUCACAACCCGCCAUACCCCGCAAGGCUCCUCGACUGGCACUGUGCCGUCGCCAGCCCUCGCCAAUCGAGCCCGUGCUNGUCCCUCGAGCCCGACCCCUCGCACCACCUCUGGCACAAGAAGAGACGUGCGAAACCUCCGAAGACUUCUUGAGCCGCUUCCUCUCACACUACCUCGACACGCUCUACCUGUCCAAGACGCCGCUCGCCUUCUUCACCAAAGGUCCUCUGUCGCGCCUGCGAGCCGCCUUCACAACAGGUCAGCCUCAAGCCUCCUCUCUGUCCGACUUGGUACGAUUCCUGCGGAACAUGAUCCACUCGUCCUCCAUGUCCGACAAGAAGUAUCGCGACAAGUUACCCGAGCUCCUGAAAGACCUGCCUCCGCAGCAAGCAGAGUCAGCGCACAAGAAGAAGAGACGGAAGAAGAAGCUCAAGCCUGACAAGUCUGGCCUGCUGCCAGAAGAAGACGCUUACUUUGCCAAGUGGUGGUACCAGGACGAGGCUUCUGCACCGUCUGGCGAGACGGCCGAACAGUCGCUCAGACGCAAAACUCCGCAGCUUCGGACUCGAGAGACGUUCAUGCAGCUUGUCCUGGUGCUGGAGAUCUUGAGCCUGGAAGCGCUGCCCGAAUUCAAGUCGUUGGAAGAAGCAGCCCCACAACACAAGAGCAAGAAGGGCGACACGAUCACGUUGAGCCUCGAGUUGCUCGUCGACAAGCUUUGUAUCUGGCACUCUCUGCACACUGCAGACUUGCUCGGCGAAACACCCAAGCCCGACAAGACGCCCAAGGAUGGCGUCAACCAACUGCACAGCUUCUGCGUCGAAGUCAUCAUUCCCUUCUACAUGUCUCGCACCCACGAGCAUGCCUCGUUUGUCAACAAGAAGCUCGGCGGCCCCGGUUCCUCGACAACCACCAAGCACAUGCACAGCCGCAAGCUUUCCGAAGCAGACGGAGUCUCUAGGGCUCGCCGUCCGCUUGCUCGCGUCGCAACAGAAACCAUUCCCCAACCCACCAAAACCCCUCGGUCCCUCAGUCGCUCGGCCACUGACUCGCAAGUCUUCCCCGUCAAGUCAGAAACACCAGAACUCUCAUUGUCUACCAUCCCUCCUCGACGAGAUAGCCAGCCGUCCAUGGCAAGAAAGAGUGACGUCUUGGAGAGGCAUCGUUUGCGUCAAAGAGAAGUCGACUUUGGUGCUCUUGCUGCAGCAAACGAGGCCAAGGCAAAGAGGAAACAAGAGGUCGAGCAGAAGCUCAAGGAUGCAAUUUCCACUCUGAAGAAGCCAAGUCGUGCAGCCGUCUCUGGCGAGUUUGUGGAUGCUGUCGAACAGAGAAAGCGUAUGGCAGAAGGCAGAGCGAGACCGCCGUUGAACAAGCGAAAGUCUUCGUCGCUCGCUCAAGUUUCGGCCACACCCAAGAAUGGCCAUAGGACCUCUGCCAUUGCUGCAACACCUCACCACAUUCCGGCACCCUCUUUUGUUCGUCCAUCAGUCCCAUCUUCGGGUCCNUCUCUGGUGCCUUCGUCAAACCUCAAGCAGAAGUCUUUGUCUUUUGCCCACUUUCCCCCAGUCCACGAAGCAUCUGAUGAUGAGGAUGCCAUUCCUGCUACCGACCAUCGACCCCGUCAUAGAGACGCGCUUGCUGAGACUCCUUCGAAACCUCGUGUUGAUUUUGCUUCACUACCUGGCGUUUCCCCAGAUGAAGACCAGGAUCAUGCUGGCUAUGUUGGGCAGGAUAGAGGCGAUUCUUCACCAUUGCGUGAGAGUCCGACUUUGCUGAAGACACCAAGCAAGCCACAGCGACCUAGAUUCAGCAUCACUCCUAGCAGACCGACUCCGCCUUUGAACUUCGGCAAAGCCAAAGCCAACCAAAGCGUCAGUGUGACACCGUUGAGGAUCACUGCCACUGCGACCACGAAGACCCUGCUUGCUGAAUCGCCUGCGUCAGCUGGACAGCAAAGAGCUGUGGAAAGUGGAUCGAAGGAUCAAUCCGAUGAUAUCUAUGCCGCUCUCGGGUGGGACGAUGACCUUGAUGAUGACUAG